AUGGUGCUAUUGUUUCGCUUGCAGCUUCUCGCGCCGCCCCCCCGUUCUCUCGCCAUUCGCGAGGAGCUCCUCUUUCGCCUCCACUCAGCGUGGCACACGUGCCAUCGCCCAGUCAGCUUCCCCAACCACCAUCAGCAGCACACGUGGCACCAUCCCAGUAGAUACGUCCUCCCAUCAACCAUGCCGCCUGUUCUUCAUCUUGCGCCCGUUGCCGCCGCGAGGCUUCCAUUCACGCUCCGCGCAUCGAUUUCGUCUGCGCCGCGGUCCCCCAUUCCUCUGGCCGAUCUCCGUCUCGCGAUCCUCCCACCCGCAACUCUCCGCAGUUUCUCUUCCGCGCCUCCGCGCCCUGUUCUCGCAGAGGGGCAUGCCGCGGAAGGCAGAAGGAGUCGAAAAGUAGAGAUUUUGAGGGCGGGGGCAGAUGGAGGGGCGUUGGCGGUGAGCGGAGGUGCGGAGGCAGCGGGGGAGGAAGUAGGGAAGGGGGACAGUGGUGGAGAGGAGGUGGGUCGAGGGGAAGCGCGAGGAGACCCGCCAGUCCUCGCGGAAGCAGCAGCAUUGCGCCAAGGCGGCGAUGCUGGCGCAGAUAUAGCUGCGGAGGCGGAGGUGGGGCGGAGCCAAGGCGGCGGAACGGGAGGCGGGAAGGGCGGGGCGCGGAGGCGCAGGAAACGGGUGCGGCUGGACGAGCUGUGCGUGGCGCGGUGGGCGCAGUACAGCCGCAGCCAAGUGCGCUCCUGGAUCCUGCAAGGCAAGGUGCUGGUGGAGGGGCAUCCAGUCACCAAGGCGGGCGCGCAGGUAUCAGAGCACGCUGACGUCAUCAUCAAGGCCCGCGUGCCCAAAUACGUUUGCAGGGCGGGGUACAAGCUGGAGGGCGCGCUGCAGCAGUGGGGGGUGGCGGUGGGGGGAGCGGUGGCGCUGGAUGCGGGGCUGUCCACGGGGGGCUUCACGGACUGCCUGCUGCAGCACGCUGCUGCGCGCGUGUACGGCGUCGAUGUGGGGUACGGCCAGGUGAGUGAGCGCAUCCGAAUCGACCCAAGAGUGGUGGUCAUGGAGCGAACCAACCUGCGCCACCUGUCGCCCUCUGAUUUGCCGGAGAAAGUGGACUUGGUUACCCUCGACCUCUCCUUCAUCUCCGUCCUCCUCGUGAUGCCAGCGGUGGUGGGGGUGAUGAAGCCGGGGGCGCACCUCAUAGUGCUCGUAAAGCCGCAGUUUGAGGCGCGGCGCGGGCAGGUGGGCGGAGGGGGGAUCGUGCGCAGCGAGGCCGUGCGGCAGGAGGUGCUUGAAAGGGUGACGCGCGGUAUAGAGGAGUUUGGGAUGGAGGUGCAGGGGGUGAUGACGUCACCGAUAACGGGCACGGAUGGCAACGUGGAGUUCCUGGCCCACUUUGUGCGGCGGCCUGUGGUGGCAGCUCCAGAGAUGGUUCCGCCAGGCGAAUCUGGAGAGCCCUCUUGA